AUGUCGGUUACUAAUUUCCUUGCCCUCUGCGCGGCAGGCGCAUACAAUGACACGCCUUUCCACCGUCUCAUCCCAUCCUUCAUGAUCCAAGGCGGUGAUAUAUCGCUUGGUCCCGCAGCUUCCUCAACCUCAGCCACGACACGUCGGCCCAUGCUCCCAUUCGAUGACAUCCCCAAGGGCGGUACCUCCAUCUACCAUCCGGCCGCGCUGAAUCAAGAAUCCACGUCCCGGCACUUCGCCACAACGCGCGAGGCAUCCUGUCCAUGGCUUCCCGUCCCGUCAAGGACCGAACCGCUCCGGGCAUGCAGAACGCUACCGGUAAUACUGUCAACGGAAGCCAGUUCUUCAUCACCUUCGCGCCCGCGCCCCAUCUGGACGGGGAAAGCACCGUCUUCGGCAAGGUACUGA